AUGGACCUUGGCGACGACGAUUUCGAUAUCGAUGCCAUGGAGGUUGACAUGGCAGAAAACGCCUGGAACCGACAGGAUGACACCGAACCACCCCGGGACGCCACGGCGUCGACGGGUCGAACUCUCCUUCCGAAGCCGAUAGCAAGUAUGGUCAGCUUGGCGACGCGCUCGACGUCCUUUGCCCUCCGCUUGGGCACCGUGAUCGGCGGUUAUGGCCUCGGGGCCGCAAAGUUCACGACCCUUUCCAGCCUUGAGCUUGGCCGCGGCAUGCUCGAGGGGAUUCUGAGCAGAGCAGGAAAAGAUGCUUUGACAAGGUCAAACUCGGACUUGGGUAAAGAGAGUGCCGAGACGAUCUUGGAAAAGAGCCUGGAAAGCCUUCAUCACACAAUGAUGCAUAUGAUCUUCUGGACAACGGCCGGAUAUCACAUCACCGAGACCACAGUCUCCUCUGCGUCACAGAUAUCUCAGCUGUUGCUCUCCACUCUGGAUCAAUUCUUUGGUUCCACCGACUCUUCCAGAGCGAUCGCCUCUAUUAUUACAUUGGUCCGCCACGAGUUCCGCAACCCAGCUACUGGUGUAAACGGCGAAAGAGUUGGAGUCGUGGAUCUCAUCCUCGGCUUAUGUGGGCUAGCAUAUUUGCAAAAUUCUUGCAGUAGAAUCAUUAGAGAGGAGUCGCAACGACUUGGUCACGAGGAAGUCAUUUGGGAUGUUGUCGUCCUCAAUAAUGGCACUCGUGCCGAUGUGCACCAAGAUGGGCUGAAUGGCGCCAGACGUGACCUUCAUCCGACUGAGGGCAGUAAUGGACAACUUCUAGAGGCACUGGAGAAGCGGGGUGCCUAUGACAGCAGCUCGGACGAAGAUCUAGCUGAAGUACAACUCAGAAAACAAAUCACGGAGACACUACCAAAGGAUGCAAGAGUGUCAAUAUCAACGUCAACUACAACAACGAAAAUCAUCACGGUAGAAGUGCAAGGCGGUGGCCAAUUCCCACUAUUGGCUCCACCCGGCGCUGAUCUGAUUGAACGUGAGAUUACUACUCCCGACAGCCAUCUACUUCAAUCAGAAGAACAGUCGCCGGCAUACCGACUUGUAUACCGCAUCAGCCGAGAAAGGCAACGCAACUCCAUUGUACAACCUACAGAAGUCGAUGAGUCACGGCCAUUUAUCGAGCUGAAUGAAGGAGGCGACAGCGAAGCCGGAUAUGACUCUGACCAUGCUGAGAAGCCCCCGCCAGUCCCUCCAAAAUCCCCCAAGACAGUCCCAAAAUCUAUACAGACACGACACCAGCGAUCAUCAUCAUCCACUAGCACUUCAUCUUUAAAGAGUCCCCAAUCCCCCAAAGACCGAACUUCGCAAAUUCCCGUACCAAAGCGCUCGCCUGAGAAUGCUGCGAACCAGAAGAAAACUCGACAACCCCUAACUUCCUCUAAACAGGACAGUCAUGCAGCUAUCGGCGUCAAGACUCAACCAGGAAAUCAGUCAUCAGGAAAUGCACCAGCCUCGCUUGAGAAAAAGACCAGUUUCAAGAAUGUUCUCAAGAAAAGCGCCGUCACAGGACUGGCUGGUCGUUGGGGCAAGGAUUCGGGAAGUGAAGAAUCAUCGAAUAAAUCCAAACCAAAUGCCCGAACUGCAACGAAAGGCAGUAAACCCGCUGAGGUACGGUCACAGGGUGGAAAGAUACAUUCGUCCACACCGGAACGAUCAAUUGGCUCUAGACGUGAUGUGCCUCGACAGCCGCAACGAGGCAAUCCAAACUUUUUUUCCUCCCGAGAUUUGGGUGUAAUAGGGGCGGACGCUGAUUUUCACAAAAGCCAGUCGAGAAAUGAUGUGAGCAGCCGACAGCAUCGGCGCCGAAAUUCCAUUAUAUCCCAAACAGAUACGAUCUCAGUUCAUUCUAUUGAAAGUCGUCCAGGCUCACCAUCGCUUUUUCGAUCUGGUUACAUGUCUAAAUCAAAACCAGGGGAUGAUUUUCUCGAGCCAACAGCAAAUUCCCCACAAAGACAUAAAAGAGCGAGGUCCCAGCUUGGACUGUACUCACCAAGCAUUUACACUUUACCCGCCAACACUUCUCAAACAUCUCUUGUUCUAUCGUCGUACCACCAGAAAAGUGCGUAUAGUGAUUCUGAAGCAGUUGAUACGCUACGGAAAACUGGUAUGGUUGAUGGAAUGUUUCCAGAAUUCCACAUUCUGAGGAACAUUACUCGUUACAGUCGAUAUGCUUCGGCAGCUUAUGGCUCACAUUUCCUCAACCUUAUGGGCAUUGCAAAAGAUCAGCAAGGGCGCACAGCGCGAGAUGAAACUCACCACGAUAUCCGUUCUUUCGCACAGCAUACACAACUUCCGCCGAAUAGUGUUUUGUUGUCGUCAUUUGUAGACCCUCAAGGAGGAUCUGACUCGAGCGGCUCAACCGAAACCGGCGUGCCCUUGGUUCACACUAUUGCUGUCGAUAGAGAAUCCAAAGCCAUAGUAUUGGCGUGCCGUGGAACUUUGGGGUUUGAAGAUGUUCUCUCCGACAUGAUGUGCGAAUAUGACGAUCUCUCAUGGCAUGGAAGGGCUUAUAAGGUACAUAAAGGCAUACACGCCUCGGCGCGAAGACUCUUGUACGGAGGGGAUGGACGGGUGCUGUUCACUCUCAAAGAAGCACUUGAAGAAUUCCCCGAUUUUGGUCUGGUUCUCUGUGGCCACUCUCUUGGCGGAGCUGUAGCGGCCUUGCUCGGUGCCAUGCUCGCAGAGCCGGCCACCACCGGCACCGCUUUUGUCACUUCUGCACAGAAGCACAGACGACUUCUCGCCGGCGAUGUUGUGGCUAGUGAUGUCCACAUACCAGUUAAUCUCCCCGCUGGAAGACCGAUUCAUGUGUUUGCGUACGGGCCACCUGCAACAAUGUCUCCUGCACUGCGGCUGGCUACACGGGGGUUGAUCACGAGUGUUGUCCACGGCAAUGACCUUGUGCCCUAUCUCUCUUUGGGCGUACUACACGAUCUGCAGGCACUUGCCUUGGCGUUCAAGACGGACAACAAUGAGGCCAAAGCCGAAGUCCGACGGCGAAUUUGGCAGAGUUUCCAGACCGGGCUCUCUGACAAGUGGUAUAAUAAUGCCCCAAAGCUGUCUACUGACGAUGAUGCGCAGUGGUCAUAUGCAGCAUUAAAGACUCUCAGAGCGAGCAUGAUGAGCAACAAACUACUUCCGCCCGGAGAAGUCUUUGCAGUAGAGAGCUCACCUGCGCUACGGAGAGAUGCCUUUGUCCAUACUGGCGGAGAGUUUAUUGGUCGGACAGCGACGCGUAUUGUACUCAAGUAUAUCAGGGAUGUCGAAACUCAAUUUAGGGAGAUCAAGUUUGGCGCCAGCAUGUUGACUGAUCAUAGUCCUGGUCGCUACGAAGAUGCACUUAGGCGGCUGGCUCUAGGUGUGAUGUAA